AUGUGCGUAUUCCAGCCUGUCAAGGCCUGGAGGUACUUCGUGCAGGCGCUGGCUAGCUGUCAGCAAUUUGCGUUCCUUACCCCUGAAGCCCAACAACGCUACCACAGCAACGUUGAGUCGGGCAACGAGUCGCGAAAUUACUCCAUCGACACUCUACAGCAGGCUGUCUACUGGUCCUCAUGGAAAUCCGAGCGAGAGAUGCGAGGGGAUCUCUACCUCCCGGACUUUUCGCUCAGCGACCAGGAGUUGGCAUUUUACCCGCCCUUCUUCCCGACACCGCCAGCUCCUAGGGCGGAAGUUGAGGCGGCGACGGAUCCGCGCCUGGCUCGCGAGAGAACAUCAUGGUACUUUUAUCUGGCCGAGAUCUCUCUCAGAAGGCUUGCCUCUCGGAUUAGUGCCGAGAUGGUGGGCCUUCAGAAAGAACAUCCCACGCGUCAAGCAUACCUCGCGGCAAUGGCCGCGGCAGUGCCGCAGUACGAGGAGCAGGCACAAGAGUGGAUUAGCUCGCUUCCUCCAAGUCUCUCAUUCGCCGAGCCUCCGGAAAAGGAUGAUGUCUGCAGAUUCGUGCUCCGAGGUCACGCGGUCAAUCUGUAUGAGGUGAUAUACUGGCCAUUUACCACCGCUUUCCUCGAUGCACUUGGGGCGAAUCCCGAGUUCGCUGGCGAGGCUCUGACUCCCAGUGUGGAAUUAUUGGCUCAAAAGGGUCUUGAAAACCACGUCUAUCGACUCGCCAUUAACCGCCUAGGGUACAAGCAUCGCCACCAUGGAACACUGCCCAUGAUGCGGUCUUGCUCGCGAAGCGCCCUGGCGUUGGUCGCGGCUGCAUUGCUCACCCAAUCUAGCGGUUCUGGAGGUGGAUAUGCCCUACCAAAUGAUGGAGCUUACGCGUCGCGUGUUAGAGAAAGCGAGUGGGAUGAUUUCGGCGCCAUCCCCGUCGGCUUAUCGUUUACGGGUCUAGUCGAGGUUAUCUGCCGGACCUCAUAG